AUGGCUUCCAACGGCGUCAAGAGAAAGAGUGCCCCUGCCGCUGGGAAGGGUGCUUCCGACGGAAAAUUUGCAAAGAAGGCCAAGGUCGAGUCGAAGAAGAAGGCCGAACCCGUUGAGACCCCCGAGGACGACGGUGAAGAAGACUUUGAGGAUGAGUCUGAGGACUCUGACGACGGCGGUGUUCAGCUGACCCCUCGCGACCGGGCCAAGCAGGCUCAGGCCAAGGGCAAGAAAGAUGAUGCGAAUGGUGCUGAUAAGAACAAGAACUUCGAAAGAGGUCAAAACUCCAGAGAGUCCCAUGCUAUCCAGAAGAAGCUCGCCCUGGAGCGCAAGAUGGCCAAGCCACUCGCCGACGAACUCGCUCGAACCAAGAAGAUCUGGGAGAGGUUGCGGAGGAAGUCCCACGUCCCGUCCGAGGAGCGAAAGCAGCUCGUCGAUGAGCUCUUUACCAUCAUCACCGGCCGCGUCAAGGAAUUCGUUCUCAAGCACGACGCCACACGCGCUGUCCAGACCGCACUCAAGUACGCCACAGCUACGCAACGGAAACAGAUUACCCGCGAGCUGCAAGGAACCUACACUCAGCUUGCCGAGAGUCGAUAUGCCAAGUUCCUCAUCGCCAAGAUGGUAGUACAGGCUGACGGCGAGAUCAAAGACCUCAUCAUCCCCGAGUUUUACGGCAAGGUGCGCAAGCUGAUCAACCAUCCCGAGGCAUCAUGGAUCUUGGACGACAUCUACAGACAAAUCGCGACGAAGGAACAGAAAGCCAUCCUUCUGAGGGAAUGGUACGGACCCGAGUUUGCCCUCCUGGAGCGCAGCAUGGACGAGAAGCCGACUUCAGACCUGGCGACGAUCCUCGAGCAGAACCCCAACAAGAAAGCCUAUAUCCUCAAGAGUCUCAACGACAUGAUCAACUCACUGGUCCAGAAGAAGAUGACCGGCUUCACAAUGCUUCACGACGCCAUGUUGCAGUACUUCCUCAAUGUCGAGCCUGGAACGGAGAAUUUCAACCUGUUUGUUGAGAUGAUCAAGGACGACGAGGAAGGUGACCUGUUGAAGAACAUGGCCUUCACCCGUUCUGGCUCCCGUUUGGUGUCUCUGCUGUUGGCCAACGGUUCUUCCAAGGACCGCAGAAACUUGCUCAAGGCAUACAAGGACAAUUUCGUGCUGAUGUCGGGUGACCCAAAUGCCCAUAUUGUCAUCCUCGCCGCUUUCGAUGUCAUUGAUGAUACGAAAAUGACGUCAAAGGCCAUCUUUCCCGAGCUGAUUGGCGAUGACAAGGACAAGGUGACAGAUAAUAUCGUUGUUUCUACAACAAAUCCCUUCGCAAGGGCAACUCUCCUGUAUCUGUUGGAGGGACAGUCUAAAGCUCUUUUCCCUGCGAACAUGAACGAGGACCUGGCCAUCCUCAAGGAGGUCCAUGAGAUCCGCCAGACCACCAGUAAGAAGGACGCCGAGACGCGAAGAAAGGAGCUGGUUGCCGUUAUGUCACCUUCGCUUAUUACAGCCGUUGUUGAAGCUGCGCCGGUUUUGGUUGCAGACCCCUUCGGUUGCCAGCUGGUUGCUGACGUUCUACUCUCUACGGAAGGCGACAAGACGGCAGCUCUUGAGGCCGUAGCAGCAGUCGCAGAGGGUAAACCCGGUGCGGAGCCUAUGGAGGUAGAAGGUGUUCCUACCCCGGUCCACGUCUCGCGGACAGCAUCCGGAGGUCGGUUGAUCAAGACGCUCAUUGCGGGAGGCAAGUUCAACAAGGAGACUGGCAAGGUCGAGCCUGCCGAGCCGCCAUUGAAGUUCGCUGAUAUCCUGUAUCCGAUCAUCAAGGACUAUAUUGUGGACUGGGCCACGGGCCCUAGUUCCUUUGUCGUUCUCAACAUGCUGGAAGCCGAGGACUUUAGUCACGCAUCUGAGCUGAAGAAAACACUCAAGAAGCACAAGAAAGAUCUGCAGAAGGCCGCGACCGAAGAGACGGCCGAGCAGAAGGUGGCCAAAGAGGCCAAGGCGCAGAAGGAUAGCGAGAAAAGCGAGAAGGGUGCAAAGAAGGGCAAGAAGGGCGGUGCGAAGGCAGACAAGCCCGUGGGUAACCUUGGCACUAAGCUUCUGCUAGAGAAGUUGUAA